CUUUUGUGAUCUGUGUAGCUCGUCCGUAUACUGUACCGCUCAACAUCUCUUGGAAAUCUUGAGACAGGACAACAACCGGACUGUAUAGAGAGAGGGAGAAAGAGCCUGCAGUUGCAACUCUUGACGGGUUGGGACCCCCUAUGCUCAACACCCCACCAUGCCUCUGGUUACGAGGAAUAUAGAGCCGCGACACUUGUGUCGCCAGACCAUCCCUUCCAACAUCCGCAGUGAGCUGGAAUGUGUCACCAAUAUCAGCCUGGCCAACAUCAUCCGCCAGCUCGGCAGCCUCAGUAAAUAUGCUGAGGAUGUGUUUGGGGAGUUGUUUGUCCAGGCUGGAGCAUUUGCAGUCAGAGUAAAUACUCUGGGAGAAAGAGUAGAUCGUCUGCAGGUUAAAGUCACCCAGCUGGACCCCAAAGAAGAGGAGGUCUCUCUGCAGGCCAUCACUACCCGUAAGGCCUUCCGUAGCAGUCUGACCCAGGACCAGCAGCUGUUCACCAGGCCGUCGCUGCCUGUGCCCGUACAGGAGACCUACGUGACCUGUAAUCCACCCCCACCACUCAACCAGCUCAGCCAGUACCGGGACGAUGGAAAGGAGGCCCUUAAGUUUUACACUGAUCCCUCCUACUUCUUUGACCUGUGGAAGGAGAAGAUGCUGCAGGACACCAAGGACAUCAUGAAGGAGAAACGCAAGCACAGAAAGGAGAAGAAAGACCAUCUGAACCAACGGACGCUCAAUCCUAGAAAGAUCAAGACCAGGAAGGAGGAAUGGGAACGGCGUAAGAUGGGGGAGGAGUUUGUGGUGCCAAAGAAUGAUUUGAUGAAUUCUUCUGAGGGUCUGAAUGGCAGUAUCGGCUCUGGUGAAGGCUUCAUUUCUGAAGGCCUCGAGCAGAGUACCGGCUCCUACGCUUAUGACCCCGGUUCCCCUUUCUCUCAGCCUAGCUCCGAUGACUUCCUGCCUCCUCCACCUCCAGACAUGGCGUAUAAUGACGGACAGUAUGGAGCACCAGCCCAGAAGCGUGUCAGCGUGCUGAGUCCAAACCACCCGCCUCCUGCUCCCCCCAUGGCCUCUCCUCCACCCAACUCUCGCCCCAACCUUGCCCCUCCCCCUGCACCUCCUCCCCCUCCUCCCCCCUCUGGUUUUGGGGUUCCCCCACCUCCCCCUGGCUUCGACGCUCCACCCUCUCCCCCUCCGUUCUCCACCUCUCCUGCCGCCUGUCCCUCCCCACCUGCUCCCCCUCCUCCACCCGCUAUGUCUGCUGUUUCUCCUCCUCCUCCGCCACCUAUGCCUGCAAGUGGUGGUCCACCUCCUCCUCCUCCCCCUCCACCUCCCCCUGGCCCUCCUCCCUCAUCUUUUGACAACUCUGCUCCCCCUCCUCCCUCUGGUGGUGGUGGGGCACCCAGCUCUGCUCCCAAACCUCAGCCAGAGCCCGCUGGUGACGCUCGCAGCGACCUGCUGCAGGCCAUCCGGCAAGGAUUCAACCUGCGUAAGGUGGAGGCACAGCGCGAGCAGGAGAAGAGGGAUCACUUCGGUAACGACGUGGCCGCCAUCCUGUCCCGUCGUAUCGCUGUAGAGUGCAGUGACAGUGAGGAUGACUCUUCAGAGUUUGACGAUGACGAUUGGUCUGAAUAAUUGCCAUCCCUUUGUACCUUUACUGCCACCUCUGUAUCUUUCCUCAGCUGUAAACAUCAGUGUGUUUCCAUUCGGAUUACAUUCUGAAGUACCAGUGAGGCAGGGGUCCAUGUUCUGUGUGUCUGUCAGAUUUUGAGUAUGUGUACAUAGUAUGCACAGUGACCUAUUAUGAAUCACAUUCCUCAACUUGUUUAUGUCAGUUUGUCCAAAAUUAUUCAGAUAAGAGGUGCAAAAGUCCAAAGAUUGAGUAACUGCUUGAUUCCACCAGGCAUGGCUACGUCACAUUCUAGACAAUAUUUGUGGCUCCAACAGAGCGCGAGUCAUGUCCCAGACGAGGCUCUCCACUCUGCUCCGCCUAAAAUAUUUACCUAGUCUAUCAGAAGCAGCAUCAAGCUGCACAGAGCAGAUUAAGCCUGGCUACAAGUCGGACACAGGAACAUCACUGAGCAUCCAGUCAGUUUUCAAAAUAAAACACCCUGUGCAGAGUCCCAAUCCUAAAAACAGACAAAAGAAACCAUUAAACUAUGUUACCUACCUAUGAUGGAAACACAAAAACAAAGGAACAAAUCAACAAAAUCUGACCAAGUUAACACAAGCAGGUGGGCAAAAUGCUGUGUUUCUGUGGGUGCUCUGGUGGGGCAUGAAGCCGUGCAGUGAAUGGAACAAAAUCAUGUUACAGCAUCUUAGAGCCGGGCCUGGUUGACUCAAGGCACAGAAGUGUGAGUGUGUCUGGUUGUGUCCCGAUCUGUGAUUGCUUUCAUUGGACGACACCGCGUUGUUAUUGAUGUGAGAGUGUUGUGUGAUGUGAUGCACGUCUCUCUGCUGAGUCCCUGCGUGAUCACAUCGCCUCUGUCAUUAUCUUCAUGUCUGUUAGAAUCAGAUGUCCUUUGCUGCUUGCUUAAUGUCUGAUUUUAUCUGCUUUAAUAUAUUUUGGCAAAGGGUAAUAGACAUCAAGUGCACACGCACACAAGCGCGCAGCCUCUUCCUAUUUGUAUGUGCUUAGUGGAAAGACUAAAGUUGUUGAUGUCAAAACAUUCUUACCCAUUUAUAGAUUAUAUGAUAGAGAUGUAAAGUUUAUAAUACAUAUUGAAUCAUUAUCUAAGAUAAUUAAUGUGAUGCCUUUAUGUCCCUUUAAAGCAGAGUUUUUAUCACUUCUCCUUUCCUCACUUUUGUGGUUGUCAUGGGAACAAUUGACUUGUGGAUGAGACAUGGUUUUAGCUUAUGAAGAAAUUCGUGAAGGGGAAGUAUGAGAUCACCAUAGCGAACAUAUGCAGCCAUUUAACACAAAUAUCAUGAUUCAUUUUGUACUGUGAUUCGACUCUGCUACCUUUUUCUUCCUGUAGUUUUGUUUCUGGGGAUGAACUUGGCUGUGAUGCUUUAAUCAGAAUCAGGAAACCUUUUGCCUUAUCCCUGAUAGGUGCCUUUUUUUUGCUGCAGUUCAGUGUCAGUGCAGGUUUAUUUCGGUCAUCCACACUGGUCACAGAUCAGCAUCUUCCAAAAAUAUGAACAGCUGCCAUCGAUGAGUCAAACGGAAAACCGACUGAUGUUUUAGUGUAGACAACAUAUUUUCCAAGUGCCUUUUAUUUUUUGUGUUAAAGCACAAUCGCACAGCAUGCUUAGCCAAAGUUAUGCUUCUUCUGCCUUGAUUUUCCAAAUGAUUCUAGUUAUUUCAAUAAAGAUAGAGUGAAUUAAA